GUUUGGGGUGGUGUCGUCUGCUGCUGUCACUGAUCCUUGCUGUCACUCUUGUCAAUUACAUCGUCGAUUGAUUUCAAUGUAUUAUGCAGUAAUCAACGUAUUUUAUUCAGGUUGUUGAAAAUUUGUACGACAAUGGAAGGAAACGGAGAAAAUGCUGCGGAACUGGGAGAGAUUGAAAAUGUGCGCGUAGUCGUACGAGUACGACCGCUAAAUGGAAAGGAGUUGGACGGUCACUGUAAAAAUAUAACUCAAGUCGACUCUCUGAAUGCUGAAAUAAUGGUCGAAAACCCACACGCAGCCCACGGAGAGCCACCCAAAUUAUUUUCUUUUGAUGCAGUUUUUGACACAGAUUCAACACAGGUCGAUAUAUACAAUGAAACAGCUCGUCCUAUUGUUGACAAAGUUCUACAAGGUUACAACGGGACUAUAUUAGCUUAUGGUCAAACUGGCACUGGCAAGACUUACACGAUGUCUGGUGCUAAGACUUCACCUCAGCUUCGUGGCAUUAUUCCAAAUACCUUUGCCCAUAUUUUUGGACACAUUGCUAAAGCUGAUGAACACCAGAAGUUCCUCGUUCGUGCAACAUAUUUAGAGAUUUAUAACGAAGAAGUUAGAGACUUGUUAGGAAAAGAUCAAAAUACUCGAUUAGAAGUUAAAGAAAGACCAGACAUUGGUGUAUUUGUAAAGGAUCUUAGCGGAUAUGUGGUCAAUAAUGCCGAUGACUUGGAUCGAAUCAUGACUCUUGGAAACAAAAAUCGUGUUGUGGGAGCAACCGCUAUGAAUGUUUCCAGUUCCAGAUCGCAUGCUAUAUUUACAAUAACUGUUGAAUCCAGCCAACUGGGUGAGGAUGGAGAACAGCAUGUGAAAAUGGGAAAACUUCAUCUUGUUGAUCUAGCGGGUUCAGAAAGGCAAAGUAAAACCAAAGCUACUGGUGUUCGACUAAGGGAGGCGACGAAAAUAAAUCUAUCUUUGUCUACUUUGGGAAACGUUAUAUCGGCACUGGUUGAUGGGCAGAGUUCUCAUGUGCCAUACCGGAAUUCUAAAUUAACGAGAUUGUUGCAAGAUUCACUGGGUGGCAAUUCUAAGACAUUGAUGUGUGCAAAUAUAAGUCCUGCAGAUAUGAACUACGACGAAACUAUAAGUACACUGAGAUACGCUAAUCGUGCUAAAAAUAUUAAAAACCGAGCUAGGAUCAACGAGGAUCCAAAAGACGCAUUACUCCGUCAGUUCCAAGUGGAAAUUGAAGAGCUUCGUAAACAACUGGAAGAUAAUGGUACGGUCGUUUCUGAGUCUGAUGGAGAAACGGAAGAUUCUGAUGAAAAUUCUGAUACCAGAAGAGAGAGGAAAACGAGACAUAGGCAGAGUCAAAUUCUGUCGAUGGAUCAGCUCGAAGAUGGAGAAGUAGAGUCCAGAGAAAAAAUGGACAACGCCGAACGAAAUGAUAAAAGUCCAGAUGAUAAAGAUGUUAUAGAGCUCAAGAGAACCCAAAGCGAGAAAGAAGCAUUAAGAGAAAAAAUGCAGAAUUUACAAAAUAAAAUCUUGGUUGGGGGUGAGAAUUUGUUAGAAAAAGCCGAAGCUCAAGAGCAAUUGCUUGCCGCAUCUGCCAUUGAAUUAGAUCAACGCAAAAGUCGGGAAGAACAGCUGAAGAAAGCUAUCGAAGAAAAAGAAGCUGAACGCAUUGAUUUUGAAGAGAAAUACUCGUCCCUGCAAGAAGAGGCAGCUGGAAAGACUAAGAAAUUAGGUAGAGUUUACACAAUGCUUAUGUCGGCCAAAGCAGAGCUCUCCGACUUACAGCAAGAGCAUCAACGUGAAAUGGAGGACCUUUUGGAAGGUGUGCGAGGAAUCGGACGUGAACUACAACUUCAGGAGCUUGUCCUCAACAAUUACAUACCAAUUCAAUACCAGACAAUGAUAGAACGAUACGUUCAUUGGAACGAAGACAUCGGUGAAUGGCAACUGAAAUGUGUAGCAUACACAGGUAAUAAUAUGCGAAAAGCGCAAGCAACCCCUUCUAUUGGGAUAAACAAAGAUCAACCACAGCCUGACCUGUCCAACAUCUAUCUUUCAUACAACGCCGCAGCAGAAAGCAGUCUCACUCAACCAAAAAAACUGAGAGGACGUUCCGGUGUUCCAAGGCCUACAACUGCUCACCGGCGCCCACCUCGUUAAAAGUUAUCUAUGCAGGAUAUUCGUUAGAUUUUGAUUUUUAUAGAAAAUUUUUGCUACUAAUUAAUUUGUCCGACGGAUGACAAUUUAGACGGGAGCAUCGAAGUGUUUGAGGAACGAAUAUUGCACCUAACAGAUCACCUAAUAGUACACUCGAGACUUGAUUAUCGGUAUGGCCAAAUACGUAAUCUUCUAUGGCAGUUCCUGGUGAGUAGGGAUAGAGAUAGGAUAUGAGUGAAAGGUCUGAAGAGUUAAUUUAUAACCAUAAGGUAGACAAAACGAAAGAUAGUUCAAUAUUUGUAGCAUGACUCAAUUAUAAUUGAAAUUCAUUUGUACCAAUUUACAUUUUAAUUAUACAUUAUUUAGAUUAUUUUUGUGGACUGAUAAGGUGAAUCAUCUGAAUAGUAAAUAAUGUUUAGCCUUAGGGUAAGUUGGUUUUAACCGACUAUUUGUUAACAGUAUUUUUCUGCAUUAUGAAAAAAAACUAUGCCAAUUAUUUUUUAACCACCCUUCUUGGACCCAUUUAAUUAAAACUCACUAUCGAAGUAUUAUUUAACUAUUUAUUGGAAUUUAUAUUCGUAAUUCAAAUAAACAAAAUGACAUAUU